AUGAUGACAACAGCAUCUCACCGAUUCAGAUUUUUUUCAACCUUUUCCAAACUGACGUACCAACUUUGCAAUGACCUUAAGAGCUUGGUCUAUUCUACCAACUCUGUCCUCGAAGACUUUAUGAAUGAUGGAGUUGUCUACCUUGAGCUACGGACUAUACCCCGGGCAUCCCCAGGCAUCAGUCGGGAGCAAUAUGUCGAUACAGUGCUGAAGACGAUCGAAACAUUCAGAGCCAAGGGAAACCAAAUGUCCGUCUUUCUGAUCCUCGCCAUUGAUAGGGGCAACAUGUCUGCAGCAGAGGGAGACGAGAUUAUCAACCUUGCUAUUGAGAACAAGCCACGCGGGGUCGUCGGCGUAGACAUCUGUGGGAACCCGACACGAGGCGACAUUAGCAUCCACAAGGACUCGUUUUCCAAAGCGAAACUGAAUGGUCUGGGAAUCACACUGCAUUUUGCCGAGACCGCGGCGUCCAGUUCGCAAAACGAGCUGGCGACAUUGCUUUCAUUCCAACCCGAUCGGAUUAGCCAUGUCAUCCACGUGCCUGACGACGUCAAACAAGAAAUUUUGAGACGAAAUCUUGGCCUGGAACUCUGCAUUUCGUGCAAUGUUCACGCUAAAAUGAUCAACGGUGGAUACCUGGACCACCAUUUCGGAUACUGGAGGCAUGGUGACUGCCCCAUUGCACUAUGUGUAAGCCAGAUGACUGCAUGCCAUCCCUAUCUUCUUUACGAAUACUGA